AUGUCGAACGUCAACAAGCAGAAAGGCAAAAACGAAGCCGACCUAGGGGACAAACUAAACUACAAAAACUUAAGCGAUGUAAUGCUUCAUGAGCUGAUGUGUCUUAAGGCAAAGCGACAGGUGUACUUAAAAAGAGGAGGUACAUAUUUUUUGAGUUCCAAGGAAGAAGCCCUUUCGGUGUUGAAGGAGAAGAGUCAAACCGGGGAGAAAGAAUAA